CAACACCAUUGUUCAUAAACGAGCUAACCACACUCAUUUUUGCCCCUGCGACCUCAAUGCACCCAUCUGGGGACCACAAUGCCAGAUCGCGGAGGAGCAGUGGGGCAUCAGAGCCGAGGAGGUGAGGACUUUAUCGCGAGGUUACCACGACAAUACACGAGCCCGAGUGGAGCAACACCCGCAGAAGCUUUGCCAAACAUGCCUCAUGUGGAGGAGCCCAAGAAGAUAGGGGCGUGGAACACGAGAGACCUGCCACUGAGGAUCAGUGCAGAUGCGUUAUCAGCCGCCUCGGCGGGCUUCUUGGUUGCUCCUAUCAUCACGAUUAUCGAUCGAGGAAUUAUAGAGAAUGCAGCUGGCAAGCGGACGCUAGGCGCGAGCGUGAGGUCGUCCUUGAAGACGCUCCUUCUACGGCCGCACUCGUUCUUCUUCUCCCGCCCCUUUGCCCUUAUUUUUACACUGUAUUCGGGCACCUAUAUGUCCGCCAACACCAUUGACACGGCGUCGUCCACCCUACGCAACCGCCCUUCAAGUGAAACAACGCACGGCACCGCUAAAUUCGCAGCAACCUCUGCAGCUAACCUCUCCCUCUGUCUGUGGAAGGACUCGCACUUCACGAAGCUCUUUUCCCCGGUUCCACCUCGUCCCGUCCCAAAAACAACAUUCCUGCUGUUCGCCAUGAGGGAUUCGCUUACCAUUGCCGCUUCCUUCAACAUCCCACCGAUUCUUGCGCCGUAUAUUCCAAGACAGGCUCUACCGACAAUAAUGCAGGGCAUUAGAAGCGAAAGUUACGCGCAGUUUAUCGCUCCUGCUGCGGUUCAGGUGUUUAGCACGCCUUUACAUUUGCUCGGUCUGGAUUUCUACAACAGGAAUGGAAACACCACGCUGGCAGAGCGAUGGUCCAUGGUUAGGCGAGCUUGGGCGAUCAGCACGCUAGCCAGGCUAUGCAGAAUCAUUCCUGCAUUUGGCGUGGGCGGCGUGGUUAAUGCUGGUGUGCGGCGGAACUGCAUGCAGAAGAUCGAACAACUGGAGGAGGCUUGAACAUGCACUCUGAUGCUAUUUUACCGAUGAUUUAUUUGCGAAACUAACGAGCAAUCUUCAUUUCUUUUUUAGCAGCGGAUCUGGAACAGCACACUCUCCACUCAGUAAAAUUGAAUAAUUGGGAUACUGGAUGGACGAAAAAAAAUGGCACGACUGGCUUUCUUUCCGGGGACGACGGCGCAUUUUGUUUGAUAGACUUUAGGACCAAUGGCUGGUCAGGGUAAUGUGUGUAUUUGAUACCCGCGUAGAUGUUCUCUUCAUAUUGAGAUAGAGUAUAACAUUUGUACACUUUUGACG